GCCAAUCGGGGCGGAAAUAAUCGGGCUCCGGGUCCUCCUCCUGCUGCCCUGGUCCCCGCCCCUUUCCUUCUCGCCUCAUCCCCCGUUACCUUGGAACCUGCUGUAAAUAUCCCGGGACGCGCGAGAUGGUGGCGGCGGCGCGGCCCCUUUAAGCUGAGCCUCGGCAACCGUCUGGCUCGUGCAAGGGGGUCGAGGAGGCAGAAUCAAACAUGCAUUCUGAACAAAACUACUGACUGCCAAAGGGAGAGCCGGCAACCCUUCUUCUGAAUGUAGGGUAAUGAUGAAUUGGCAAGCAGCCAGCCAGCACUUCCACUGUGACUCUGUGAGCCGUCCUCUGGCAAGAUGAAUAUUCCUUGAGGAAAGGUCUUGAACAUUAUUUUUAUUUAGAAUGGGGGAGAGAGGAAGGAGUCUCGAUUCUGGACCCAACAGAAAAUCAGACAGUGAUAAAAGCAGUAACUCUUACUAUUCUGACGACGAGUCAUCUCACGGCUCUGACCACUCGCCAACGAUAAGCACUCAGUCUACAAACGCUGGAGAAAAAAACAACAAAUCGCAGACUUUGAAAAGCCUCGCACAUUACCAAGGCACUAAGCAAAUUGCCUCCAAAUAUGCGCCCAGCAAAAGAGGUAUCCGCUGGGGGUUUCGCUCCCAGAGCCUCAACAGGGAGUCUCCUGCCAAAGAUAUUAGCCUAGUUACAAAAAGAGUUCUUUCUGCCAGGUUGCUGAAAAUCAACGAGCUCCGUAAUGAGCUGACGGAACUGCAUGUCAAGCUGGAUGAGCUUCAGAAAGAGAACAGGGCGCUCAAGCGGCUUCAGUACAGGCACGAGAAAGCCCUGCAUAAGUUUGAGGACACCGAAAACGAAAUCUCUCAGCUCCUGGCACGGCACAGUGACGAGAUGAGGAUACUGAGGGAGCGCCUGAGACGCUCUCAGGAAAGAGAACAAACGACGGAGCGGAAACUCCGGGCUUCGGAGGAGGAGCUGUACAAGGCCAAAAGCAAUUUGCAAAAAUUGAGAAGGCUUGCUGAAGACAGGCACCUCCCGGAACGCGAUGAGCUGGCUAAGAAGCUGGCUUUAGCAGAAAACAGGCUGGAUGACACUGAGAAGAGAAUUAAGGACUUGGAGAAGAACCUUGACCUCAGUAAUAGUAGUUUCCAAAGACAGUUGCAUUCUGAGAAAAAGAAAUUAUGUGAUGCCCAGGAAGAAAAUAAAGUUCUCCAAGAGGAAGUCCAACGGCUAGGUCAAAAAUUAAAGGAAAAAGAAAGAGAACUAGAUGCAAAAAAUAUAUAUGCUAAUCGGAUGUUAAAAGUUUCACCCAAAAAAGAUGUUGAUUCUGCACCAAGGAGAAAAGCUUCUAAUAAGAAUACUAAACAGAUAACAAAAGGAGUCCAGACUACUGGAUGCUCUUCUCCAGUAGAAUUUCCUCAACCACCAGACUUUAUUUCUGAUGGAAUACCGGAGGAAAAGGAAGAUGACACACAUCUCAGAAUGGAACAGUCAAUUAAAGACUGGAAAGAACAAACAGAACGAUUCAAGGAAGAGCAGAACAGAGAAAGAGAGGAAAGGCUGAAAAGUGAUCAAGAACUGCAGGCCUUGGAAGAGAGAGCCAAGAAACUAAGAGAUGAAUGGGAAAAGGAAGAAUCUGAGAGAAAAAAGAGGGAAAAUAGUCUUCUGCCGGAAAAAGAAGAAAAAGCAAAAUUGGAGACAGACAUAUAUAGUUUGGGAAAUGGGAUGCAAAAUAAUGAAAGCGAAGAAGAGGAAAGACGGAAGGCAAUUCUGCUUUCUAAGAUGUAUGAAAUUGACAAGGAAACGCAGAUCAAUAUAAAAGUUACUUCACAGGAGCACACUUCGGAUACUGUAACUAUACCAUAUUCCUUGGAAAAAAGUAAGAGGCCGUACCAGAGCUCAGAAGCAACUGAGAAAUUAUUCAAUGGUUUUCUGGAAUACGGCCAGCACAAUACGGCUACGAAAGGAGAAAUCCAGAAACAGCAAAAUCUAGAGACUACAAGCCCAAGCAGCAAUUUGACAUUUGGUUGCUAUGUACCUUCUUUUGGGAAAGUAUCAGGGAGGCCAAGUUGGGCUAAUCAAAAAAGCGACUUCCUUGACGAACCCACUAAGGAAGACUUGGGUCUCCACACGAAGAGAGAUAAAAAGGCCAACUUAAUGGAGCAGCUGUUUGGAAGCGGUGCCAGCACCAUCACUCCACCUAAGAAAAAUGAUUUGGGUACUUUCCGACAAGACAGCAGCCCAAACAAUGGUUCCAAGGAUAAAGGCUCUACGGUCAAUGUAAAAGACGACGGCGAUCUUUUCUUCAGUGAAGGGAAAAACUUCAAUCCCAAAAGGCACCGACUGCAGCACACAGCGAGCAGACCAGCAGUGAAGGCUUUUGAUUACUUGGAAGACGAGAUUGAGGAAGUACUGUUGCAAUGAUUAUAUUCUGCAAAAGUCUGUAUGUGUAAAGAGUACAUGUAUUUAAUGCGCUAUUUAUAGUUUUUAAAACUUUUCAGAUAUCGUUAUAAAUAUGAAGUGACUGAAAAUAUAUACGUGGGGGAAAUGGGGAUAUGUAGCCUGAUGGGUCAUCAAGAACGCAGCUUUUUUUAUCUAGGGUGCCCUAAGCAAUUGAAAGUGGUGACUGAUAGAGGUAUACCAAUCUGUCGGGUUUCUUAGCGCAGUCCUACCCAGUCUAUUUAGUCUUCUCUGCCCGCCCACCUUCAUAAUUAUCUCCCCGUCUUCUCUAGAUCUUUUCCAUCCUUCACUUUUAAAUGUACACAGCUUGGUGGUACAGUGAGUCAGGGUGCUUCUGCAUGACAUCAUUAGCUAUACAUUUUGCAUGUGGCCACAAAAAGAAAUAGCUGAAAUUCCUCCCCCCCAGUAAUAAAGUAAUUUCCAUCGCUACUCUUCUUUAAAUUGUUUCUCUAGGGCUACAAAUGACUUUAACCAGUUUUGAGGGCAAUUUUAAUCCUCCCCCUGUACCAUCUCUGCUAUGGGGAGUCUCCCAAGUAGUAUAGUUUCAAUACAGCAGAGGUUAAAUGCAAACAUUUUGUUGAGCUAAGAAAUGAGAACAGUUCAAAGGAGACGGCAUGUUAUGAUGACUUUUCAACCCAUCAGCUUGUUCAUCUGGUCUUGCAUAAUAAGCCUAAAUAUUGAGAAAAGCAAUACCGAGGCUAUUUUUCUUAUAAUAGAAGGGAAUCUGAUUUUGUCAUUCAGUCAAAUAGAAUGUAGGACUUGAUGGGACUCUAGAUAAUUUCGUAAUUUCUCACCACCUGUUGGAAUGAGAAAAUGAGAAAAUGGUUUAAUGGUGAAGUGAAAAAGCAUUGCCACAUUUUAGGUUAACCUAGCACUUGCUUAAUUUGUCAUCAGCCACACUCCCGCAUACCACACCAAUCCCAUUAACAAGCCUUCUCUGUUGUAAGUGGGCUGCAGAUUGCAGCCAUGAGCACAGUCCACUUAAUGAAGUGGACUUGUCCAACACAACCUUGUGCAGUUGUUCUUAGUGGAUUUAUUAAAUAUUGCCUGAUGUGCUAUCCGGUGGUGGCUGUCGGAGGAUGGAAGAGAAUUAGUCAAUGGAACUGGAAGGAAGGCAAUUAUCUGCAGUACACUUCUCUUGUGCAGUACACAGCUCUCCUUCUAAAUCUGUUCCAGGGCAUCCUCCAACCCCCUUGGAGCAGACUUCAGGGCGGCACUGAAAAGGGUACAGGUGACUGCUGAAAAUUGCUUCUGUCCUCUUUCUAACAGAUUCCUUUCCAUCAGCAGGCGGUUAGCCUGCAAUGCCAUAAUGGAAAAUACUAUGAUAUUUGAUCAAAUAAAUUGGAUUUGUUUUAAUACUUAGUUUUUGUUCACUUUCAAGACGUAACUGGGAAUGUUUAUAUGAGACUUAGGAAGAUCUAGUGCUAUGGCUGGUAAAAAUGUACAGUUGGCUGUGUCACUUAGUUUUAAUUGCAGUUCUUUGGUUGUGUAAAAUGCUCCGUUCGUACUACUUAUAUGGAACAUUUUGAAUAGGAAGCAAUCUAAAAACAUCAGCAAAAGAAUUGGUUAGCAGCAGUCCAGAUCUCAACUUAAAUACAUCUGUUGGACUUGCACUAUUGUCCAGCUGAAGCAAAGCACCAACUUCACCUUGUGGGGCUGUUUUGGCUAUAGACAAUUGUCCCAAUCUAGGGAACAUAGUUGAGUUGGGUCAGAUCCACAUAAAGUGCAAAAAGCUGCUGAGAGAUGAAAAAUAGCCUCUUCACUUUGGUGUGCAUGGUGAACUUUGCCACCCUAAAGCUUUUGACCUCUUUAGGCCUGUCAGAGGCCUUAUGAGCACUUGCAAUAGCAUCUCCUAGUGAUGAUAAGGAGGCUGCUUCAGCCUCUGAUGGCAACUGUUGAGUAGGAGAGAGGGACAGGGACUCAAACUUGGUGCCUCUGUGGCCCCGCUCCCCUUGCAUGCAUCCAUCUAAACAGAUAACUCAAUCUGCCAGUGACUUUGUUGGGGCAAGAGAUAUUGAAUAAGUGCUCACAGACACUGGUGUUCUAGAAUGAGGUUAAAGGCAAUGCAAAGAAGGAAAACACACUAUCAUUUGCUACAGAAUCGAAUUAGGAAACAAUUCCACAGUGAGAAACAGUUAUUGUCCAUUUGGGUCAUGGCUAUUACGCUAUGUAGCUACCAGUUGCCAUUUUCAUUUUUUGCUGGCUAACCUGGAUUUUUUAGAGAUGCCAUCUUGGCUUGACGCAAGUCGUGGGUCCGUACAGCUCCAAAGUACCCUUCGGUUUUUGCCAAUCUCCUCAGCUACUAGUUUAGUUGCCAGGCUUUUUGAAACCUUGUGGGAAAGACCACAGUGGAUUUUGGGGGCAGCGCAAAUAGCUAUUGUGGAGGUUUGAUUUUAGUAUUCUGCUCUGCGAUAUAGAUGGCACUUGACCAAGUUUCCAGUCAGAAUCUCAGCAGACGUUGUGAUGAACUCCAUCUUGACAUUUGUUUGUGAUCCGCCUGUGAGAGCUGGUGGGAACUUUUGACAAGUGUUUCGCUGUGGUCUUCCACUUGUCACCUGUUGGCACCCCCUUGUGCAGCAGCUUCAGGGUCCCAGCAGCUGAUGUGUGGCCUGUAGCCUCGAGAGGGAGCUUCUUAGCACUGAAAACCUUUUGCAUUUCUAAUGCAACACUAAAGGGCGAUAAUGUUUUUUCUUGUAAUAUAAAACAAAGCAUUUUUAUGAUUCAGAAGAAUAUAGUAUGUAUUUUAAAAGAAUUGUUUUAGAGCUAAUGCUAUAAAAAUAUUACCAUCUGUACUGAUUUUUAAUAUCUAUUUAUUAUGUAAUGUUUAAUUUGUUUUUAUAACUUUAUAUUUUGUGUCAAAAGUUCUACCUUGGAACAAUGCUUGGGUGUUUUUUUUAACAGAAUGAUUUAUAUUAAAAUAUUUCUGUGA